UAUACCUGAUUCAAGAUUAGCUGACAUAGACAAUGGUGCCAGAAGAUAGAAGAACCUCUUCACUUACUCGCAUCAAGAGAGAGCUCACCCGAGUAAGCCUCAAAUCUUUAACAAAUGUUUCAGUAUUUGAACUGUUUGAGGCGGACCUUAAGAUUGCUGAUGCGACAGAAGAAAACCUUAGACAAAGUCAUUUCGCAACCUCAGAUUUUAGUACGUUCCUGAACGUACUGAAGAGCAGCCUAGGGUCGGGUCUGCUGGCAAUGCCGAGUGCCUUUAUGAACGCGGGACUGUUGGUGGGCUUCAUAGGAACAUUGUUUGUUGGAGUAAUUUGCGCACAUUGUACCUACAUUCUCGUCAAGUCCUCGCAGGCUUUGUGCUAUCACACCAAGAAAAGUCACCUCAACUACCCUGAGACUACCGAGGCAGCCUUGCAGUUUGCUCUCAAGGGGAGGUUCAAGAGACACGCCGAACUGGGCAGACAGAUUACCAACGUUUGUAUUCUGCUGCCGCAUUAUGGAGCUGGUAUAAUCUAUGUGUUGAUGGCGUCAGCAACUCUAAAACAGGUUUUUGAGAGCUACACAGGGUACGGCUACAGUCUGAGAUGGUACAUAUUGUUCAUCACAGUGCCUCUACUGCCCGUCGGUACAAUACGCCAGAUGAAGUACAUGGUGCCAUUCAGUGCGCUGGCCAACAUGUUCCUGCUUGUCGGAGUUACUGCCACUCUUUACUACUCCAUCAGCGACUUCCCGCCAGUUUCAUCUCGACCUUUGUGUGCUGGGAUUACCAAGUUUCCACUAUUUCUGUCUACCGUACUCUUUGGAAUGGAGGGAAUUGGAGUGAUUUUACCAAUUGAAAAUGCUAUGAAAAAUCCAAAACACUUCUUGGGAAUUACAGGGAUUUUGAACCGCGCCAUGAUAAUCGUGGUCUUCUUAUCCCUGACGGUCGGAUUCUUCGGGUAUGUAAAGUUCGGGGACUUGGUGGAAGGCAGCAUCACCUUGAAUCUCCCAGAAACUUGCUUGGCCCAGACAGUCAAGAUCCUAGUAGCCCUCGCUAUCCUGUGUACCUAUGGACUGCAGAUCAUGGCUGCUGCGCAGGUCGUCUGGAAGGCCAUGGAGUCUCAUGUAUCCAAGGAGAACCAAGACUUUGCCUACUACACCAUGCGAGUCCUUAUGGUGAUUGGACACGUCAUCUCAGCCAUUCUAGUACCUCAACUAGCUCCAGUGAUAAGUCUAAUUGGAGCUGUAGGACUGACCAUGCUGGGGCUAGCAUUGCCUGCUGCGUUGGAAACACUCACCUUCUGGGACGAGGGGCUCGGCGUGGCGCGGUGGCGACUCUGGAAGAACAUAUUUCUCGGGUUGGCAGCAGUGGUCACUCUGUUUAGCGGAACUUGGGUCAGUCUUUCACAGAUCAUCGAGGUGUACAGUUGAACUUAUGAUUGGUCAGAGAAAGAUUUGUUUUUGUACAUUCCAUUUUGUUUUCAUACAAUUAAUCAUAAAUUCUUCGCGACAGCGAAACACACUUAGGUGCAUAUUUUAAGCUGAAUCUGAGUAUAAUAUGUUUAGGAUGGAGUGAGAUGAUAUUUGUACAGUUCAUUUGGUGAGUGAAAAACCAAACAAAAAGAUCCACAGUAGCGCUUUUUGCCCAGGCUAGUGCUCAUGCGCUGGCGUACAGCAGAACAGCUAGCAUUCUCGAUUUAGUUAACACAUUUUUAAUAGCUCUGGUAAAGAUAAUACCAGUUUGUCGUAUCGAAAUCUUUUACCGAAUGGACUCAUUACUUAGGUCGUUCUUUAAUUUAUUUUUUGCUGGUGUCAGCUGUGCAAUAAACAAUUGAUUGGUCUGUACUAUCAAAACGAUAUCUGUAACUACUAUACUCCCGGUGCGGAGAUAGAAAAAACUGCUUACCGCCCAAGUGACUCAAUGUUUGUAAACAUACUUUGUGAAGCUGGUUAUGUGCGAGCUGGAUUUCACUCGUGAAAGGAACUGUAGAUUAGUCCUGACUAAGAUCAGCUGUAUCAUUAGUCAGAAAGCAGUCAUUAAAAUUUCUAUGAUCAUGAAAAGCUGGCCUAGUUCCGAACCAUGCAAAAGCUAUUGUUAUUCAGUAGUGCGAAGAUAUAACAAAUUAAAUGAACUCUUUCACUAAUAUAAAUAGAGGAAAUGAUUUGCUUUUAAAUGCUUUAUAUCUGCAAGCUAUGGCAAUUAAUGAUUGUUUAGAGGGCAAAAAAACAUUAGUUGUAUUAUUAUAAAGCCUAGUCUGUCUUCAACAAUUUUGACUAAACCAACUUUUUUACGAUAAUAUGCUUGUUUCUGUUGAAUAACACAUUUUAGAUUAGUUAUCUUACGAUAUUUAGAAAUAAACUAAUGUUCAGCUUCUUAAUUUUAUUUUGAAUUAUUUAAACAUUUAAAUUUCACUGAAUUUGUCUUGUAAAUUCUAAUUGGUUGAAUAUGCUGCAAGAUGAAACCCAAGAAUUUAUUAUUUAUUCUGUAGAAUAAGAGCCUCUGAUAAAAAUAAUUUUAUAACUGAGAUAAAAUUAUAACCAAUAUUUAUUUGAAUUCUUAUACAUAAAAUUUUACUGCAUAAAAAAAGAAAUAACCCCAAAAAUUAUCCUGAAUUUCCCUUUUUUAUCAUU